UUUUAGGUCAAGUAAGAGGCAUAAUGAACAGGAUCCAGGUGUCAUUGUGUACCUCCAUUGUAAUAUGUUGAAUAUGUUCACGUGUGUGGCAGAAUAUAUAAAAAAAUAGUUAGAUAAAAUAUAUAUUCUUAUUAAUAAAUAUUUAGAAUUACUAGACGCAGCAUAUCUCUGACAGAGGCAGAACCAAAACGGGCCUGGUCUGCGUUUCAACACGGACACUUGAAUCCGCCGAACACCGGAUAAAGCGUAGUAGUAUUAAAAACAUUCCUACAUUGUAUACAUUCGUUUUUGCAUAUCCUGAAGUCACUUUAUGAUUUACCCUAUGAAUUUGAAGUUCUAGGCAACGUUCGCAGUGGUGCAUUCAAAAAAGAUGACUACUCCGAGAGCCCUCCCCCAAAGCAAGGAGACGCUUCUUCAGAACUACAACAAGAGGCUGAAGGAUGACGUCCGGUCCAUCGUGGACAACUUCUCUGAAAUUAUCAAAACGGCCAAGAUAGAAGAUGAGACUCAAGUUUCGCGAGCAACACAAGGAGAGCAAGACCAUUAUGAAAUGCAUGUCAGGGCAGCCAACAUUGUGCGAGCGGGAGAGUCCCUGAUGAAGCUAGUCUCGGACCUGAAGCAGUUCCUCAUCCUGAACGACUUCCCUUCAGUCAACGACGCCAUCACCCUGCAGAACCAGCAGCUCCGCUCGCUGCAGGACGAGUGUGACAAGAAGCUCACGUCCCUCCGCGACGAGAUCGCUGUCGACCUCUAUGAGCUAGAGGAAGAAUAUUACUCCUCCAGCUACAGUCUGUCGGACACCACUGACCUCCCCUUGUGUGAAGCCUACCGGCGGCGCGACAGCUGGGCCUCUCCAGGCACGGGCCCUGGGUCGGCUCAGGGGGACGGAGACGAGCACGACGGACCCCCUUCACACGAGACAAAGCCCCAGCACCACCUCAAUGGACACGGGACCACCCCCAUAGAGAAACCAUGAAGCGCUGAAGACACAGCCACACAGGUGGUAUCCUACCAGGUUACUGGUUGUAUACCAACAUCUUUCUGGUGGUAUUGAAGUACGUUUUUCUCAGUUUGUCUGAGCAGUCCUGACUAGCUAGUAGUGCACUGCAAAAAUCAGCUUAGAAUUUAAGUAAAAAUACGCACAUUCAGAAUUCAUCUGGUAAAUCUUACAAUUUUAUUAAGUUUUGUAAUCUGACUUGUUUGUUUGCUUUUGUAAUAAAACACUAAGUAAUAAAAAAA